AGUGCUCUGCACUAUGCAGCGUUGUCAGGGCAAACCAAAAUUGUCGAGGCCCUGCUGGGGGCCUCUACAGACGUGCAUUGUGUUGAUGCCAACGCAAGGACGCCGCUGCAUCUGGCUGCUCUGAAUGGGCAUGUUGACUGUGUGCGGCUGUUGAUGAAGCAUGGGGCGGAUGUGUUGCGCGAGGAUUAUCAGGGCAAAAUACCUUUGGAUUUAGCAGAGGAGAAGGGUCAC